UCCACACACAGUUCAGGUCCUGUGAGGACCCCUGGUGUCCCUCCAGGCAGCUUUUACUAUACGAGUUCAAGCAUUCACACAGUUUGCCUUCUCCCAAUUAUCCACAUAGAGGCGCUGUUUCCUCGUAAUGUCCAUACUCAUGUGACCGCCGUGGAGAGGCGGGGUUAUAAUGUAACAAUUUAGGUGCUACAGUGCGACCAACAAAGUGUCCGUGAGAACUGAGCGCAUCUGUUCACCGUUGCGCUCUUCUUUCCUCUCGUCGCGGAUGUAGACGAGCAGAACACCUCGGACAUCAAAUGACAUUUGUUCCGGAGACGCCGCCAGAGGGGACGGGACCGAAUCUCUCCAGAUUCAUAUGAGGCUGAUGUAUGCUCCCAGUGAGGAGACUACUGUCUUCAGGAGCCACUUCACACCUCCCCUCCAUCUCCUCCACCAUCUCCUCUUCCUUUACACAGGGGCAUGCCUUCUGAACCCAGUCUCAGCAGUAGGGAGAUGCUGACAGGACAGAGGCUCUGUCAGUCAAAGUCCCACCAGGACUCGGUCCUUUCUGCCCUGAACCAGCAGAGGAAGGAUGGCUUGCUGUGUGACGUCACCCUGGUCGCUGGUGAGCAGAAGUUUCACGCCCACAAAGCCGUCCUGGCAGCAUGCAGCGAUUACUUUAGGGCUAUGUUCAGCUUGUGCAUGGUGGAGAGUGAGGCAGACGAAGUGACACUGCAAGGAGUGACCAGUGUUGGACUGAAGCACGCGUUGGACUUCGCCUACACUGGACAGAUCCUGUUGGAGCCAGCAGUGAUCCAGGACGUCCUGUCUGCAGGAAGCCACCUUCAGCUGCUGGAGCUGCUCAGCCUCUGCUCUCACUACCUCAUCCAGGAGCUGAGCAGCAUGAACUACCUGGAGCUGUACCGUGUGGCCGACCUCUUUCAUCUCCCGGCCUUGGAGGAGGCAGUAGUGGGCUUCCUGGUGCAGCAUCUGUCUGAGCUGAGCCAGAGCCGGCAGGACGAGGCCCUGCAGCUGCCCUACCGCCUCCUCAGGGAGGUGCUGAAGAGCGACCGCCUCACCUCCCUGAGCGAGGAGGAGAUAUGGAAGUUGGUGGUUUUGUGGCUGGAACAUGACUGUCGCUACCAGUACACCGAGGAUCUACUCCAACACAUCCGCUACGGCCUGAUGGAUGUUGCCACUCUGCAUCACCUUGCCCACAGUCACCCUCUGGUGCAGUCCAGCCCUACUACUGCAGCACUUGUGGAAGAAGCCCUGGACUACCAUCAUGCCACCUUUGCACAGCCGCUCUGCCAGUCAGCGCGCACAAGGCCUCGUUUCCAGUCUCUCACUCUUUACAUAGCUGGUGGGCGCAAGCGGGAAGUAAGCAGGGUCAGAGAGCUGCGGUACUUCAACCCGGCUGCACAGGAUCAUGUACGUGUUGGGGGUGGGUCCAACUGGAGCGAGCUGGCGCCCAUGCCUACUGGGCGCAGCCACCACUGUGUGGCGGUGAUGGGAAACUUCCUGUUUGUUGUGGGUGGGGAGGUGGAGCAUGCCACCGGGAGGACAUGUGCAGUAAGGACCGCUUGUCGAUAUGACCCCAGGGGUAACUGUUGGACUGAGAUUGCCCCCAUGAAGGCCUGCAGAGAACACUUUGUUCUGGGUGCACUGGGUCAGUACCUGUACGCGGUGGGAGGUAGGAACGAGCUGAGGCAGGUGCUGCCGUCUGUGGAGCGCUACUGUCCCAAAAGGAACAAGUGGAUGUUUGUCCAACCAUUUGACCGCUCACUGUCCUGCCAUGCCGGCUGUGUGGCAGACGACCUGCUCUGGGUCUCAGGCGGGGUGACAAAUACAGCUCAGUACCAGAAUCGACUUAUGGUGUAUGAUCCAGAACAGGACCAGUGGUUGGCCCGCAGUCCCAUGUUGCAGAGACGAGUUUACCACGUCAUGGCUGCGGUGAGGAGGCAGCUCUACGUGCUGGGUGGAAACGACCUGGACUACAACAAUGACCGCAUCCUGGUCCGACACAUCGACUCCUACAACAUGGACCAGGACCAAUGGACGCGCUGCUCCUUCAGCCUCCUCACGGGUGGGCAAAGUCAAAACGAGUCCGGAGUUGCCGUCCAUGAUGACAGGAUCUAUGUGGUUGGAGGAUACUCCAUUUGGACUAAUGAGCCUCUGGCGUGCAUCCAGGUGUUGGAUCUGAGCACAGAGGGAAAGGAAGAGGUUUUCUACGGGCCAACACUGCCAUUUGCCUCCAAUGGAAUAGCAACUUGUUUCCUUCCUGCCCCUUACUUUACCUGCCCCAACCUACAGACUCUACAAAUACCCCAUCACAGAAUAGGUGCUGUUUAACCAUGAACACAAAACAAGAUGAUGGAGGGGAAUCAACUCCGCUCUGGACCAUCACUGAGACUGACACAAAUGUAUCAGAUCAUAGUCAUUAUUGGGGAGCCUGCAAUCUCUGUCACACAAAUGUGCUGGGAUUUCUUUGAGACCCAAAUGUAAUAAAAAAUACUAUGCUAUUCUUUGAAGCCAUGUUUUCCUGCAAGCUUCUGGGAAACUGAAGAACAAGUAUAUCUCAAUACUGCAUAUCUGUUGUAAGUCCCCGAGGACAGAAGCAACAUUUACGAUGACAAAGAGUGAAUAUAAUUCCACAAGAACACGUUGCAGCAACGACCAAUCCAAGGAAGUGGUAAGCAGACACAUCUAUGAGUCUAUGCGUUUAAGAGAUUCCUUUUUACAACCUGUUAUAGGGCUGUCAGAGCUAAAAUCACUGCAGAACAUUUCUACCAAAGCUCUAUAAUUGCUCUAUAAUCAGCCUGAAAAAUAUGUUGGGCAUAUUUUUUCAAUAUAUAGAGGACAACACCGGUUGUGUCAUUAAAUUGCAUGUGCUUUGAAAUUACAAGUUGGUUUAAGAAGUAUCAGUUGAGGGAGGCCAAAGCUCAUCAGUGCAAAAAUGACCAUAUUAUUUUAUAGAAUUGAAGUAAGGUAAAAGAAAAUGACUUGACUUCCCUUUAUCAGCGAUGACACUCUGCUGUAUGUGAGUAUGUUAUCUACCUGUGUGAGAUUUCUGUCAUGCUCAGGACCUAAGACUGUUUAUGUGCAAUAUGAAUGUCUGGUCAUUGUCAUCAUUCAGAAGAUAUCUGUUGAGUUUAUUCUAAAGUGGAAAGAACAUGUGAUCCCUGAACUUCACCGUCUGUUCAAAUCAACACAUCUGUAAGAAUACAUGACAGAUUUUCAAAAUAAAGGCGCUACAUUAAUGAAA